AUGGAAAGUAUGCGCAUUGUUCGCCAUGAUGGACUCGACGUCGGCUCCCAGAAGCCUCUAUACUCCCAUUAUUGUUUAGUCAACAAUGAGCAGAAAAAUGAAUACCCAGUCCAGUCACGAAUACCCGGACACAAUGAGCGAUUCUCCAAAACAGCUCUGGCUCUGGAGAUAGAGCUCCAUACACCAAACCCUCGGCCCUACGGUCAACCCCCUCCAUCCUAUGACGAUGCUAUCAAAGACUUGCCUCCAGAUUACUCUAUGCUUUCGCCGUUGGCCAAACAGAAAAACCUGUGUGGUGACUGCACGCCCUCGAUAGGAACAAAAGAUCCGACGGCUAGAUCUAAGUCCCCUCUGGUCGAUUUAGACCAUCCGUUUGGUAUACGGGAACAUAAAGGCGCGGGCAAGAAGAAGAAAGCAAAACAAGCCGCGCAACAACAGAGUACCCCGCCACCGAAUGAUGAUGGUGAUAAAAGCCCACCCCCCGAUGAAAACCAGAGUGGUGGGGAUGGGGGAAGCAACGCAGGUGGGUCGGGUGAUGGGGAUGGGGGCAACGGUGGUGAUGGCGGAGACGACGAUGGUUGGGGAGAUGCAUGGAAUACAACCAGCAAUAAAAAAGAGAAGAAGAAGAAAAAAGAGGAAGAAGAGCGUCUAGCUAAGGAAGAAGAGGAACGGAAGGCUAAAGAGGAGGAGGAGAAAAAGGCCGCAGACGAAGCGGCAGCAGCCGAAGCAGCGGUUAAUGCUAAUAGCAAUGAUCUUAGCUGGGCAAACGAUGGUAGUGGGAAUGGCGAUGAUUCGUGGGCGGACUUUGCGCCGGCAGGAAAGAAGAAGAACAAAAAGAAGGACCAAGGUGCUACUCUGAUUGACACCGAUCCCCCCUCCAAUUCCUUUCAGGAUAUUAAUUUAGGUGGCAAUACAUCUCCACCAAACCUAAGCCUAGACCCCCUUGGAGGCAAAUCUACUGGCGGGGGUCUGGAUCUUGGCGGAUGGGAUAAGAGUUGGAAUACAGGGAGUAAAUGGGGUCUCGACUCUCUUGGUGGCAUGAACGGGGACAAAGCGCAGAAUACCAACCCGUGGUCAUUUGGCUCAGCGGCUGAUCCUUUGAAUGCUUCAGUCGGAUUUGGCUUUGGCUUUGGAGCUCCUCCUGGUCCUAGCAAUGGAGAUAUCGGGGCACAAGAAAAGAAGGAUAACUGGGGCUUCCUGGAUACUACAAAGAAGACCGAACCAGAGCCGGAAAUGGCUGAUGACGAUGAUUGGGGCUGGGGUGUCUCAACUAAGAAGAAAGAUAAGAAAAAGAAGAACGGUGCUAUUCUCGAGGGGUCGGAACCAGUAGUCGAGGACCCCCCAGUAGUCGCAGAUCCACUGCCGGAGCCCAUUCAUGAGGAGAAAAAGGAGGAGGAUGACUGGACAGGCUGGAAUGUCCCCACAAAGGAGAAGAAAACGAAGAAGGGCAACGAUGCAGCAGAGCCCGAGCCCGAGCCAGUGCUUGAACCCGAGCCCGCACCGGAACCAGUACCAGAGUCUAAACUGCCUGAUGAUCCACUCUAUAAUAAUUGGGACACACUAUCAUCUAAAGACCGAAAGAAGCGAGAGAAGUCUCUUGUCAAGAAAGGUCUUCCCAUACCUGGUAAAGACUUUGAAUGGCCACCACGUACGCCAUCUGCGCCUGUCGAAGAGCCCGAGCCAGAACACCAACCGGAACCCGAGCCUGAACCAACGCCUGAGCCUGAACCAGAGCCACCAGCUGAACCUCAACCGGAGCCAGCCCCAGAGCCAGAGCUCACAGCAGCCCCAGAGCCAGAACCAGCGUUUGAAGCUAAGCUGCCAGAUGACCCGCUCUAUAAUAACUGGGACAAUCUUUCAUCAAAAGAUAGGAAGAAACGCGAGAAGUCGUUGAUGAAGAAAGGUCUCCCAAUUCCCGGGAAAGACUUUGAGUGGCCUCCGUCUGUACCUGCACCUGCACCCGCACCUGCACCUGCAGCGGAAGAGCCAGCUCCAGAACUGGAACACCAACCAGAGCCAGAACCUGUUGUUGAGCCAGAACCGGAACCUGCGGCUGCACCCGAACCGGAGGCAACACCCGAACCGGAGCCAGUAGCUGAGCCAGAACCACAGCCUGUGCCCGAAGCCAAACUGCCAGACGAUCCACUUUACAAUAAUUGGGAUGAUCUUUCAUCUAAGGACCGGAAAAAGCGCGAGAAGUCAUUGAUUAAGAAAGGCCUCCCAAUUCCUGGCAAGGAUUUCCCAUGGCCACCGCCUCCGCCACCAGAGCCUGUAUUAGAGGAGCCAGCAGCAGAACCAAUAGUAGAAGUGCCUGAACCAGUGGUGGAGCCAGAGCCAGAGCCAGAGCCGGCACCAGAACCAGAGCCAGUACUUGAGCCUGAACCUGAACCUGAACCUGAGCCCGCACCUGAGCCAGAACCACAACCUGUGCCCGAAGCUAAACUACCGGAUGAUCCGCUCUACAACAAUUGGGACGAUCUUUCAUCUAAGGAUCGGAAGAAGCGCGAGAAAUCAUUGAUGAAAAAGGGUCUACCAAUUCCUGGCAAGGACUUCGACUGGCCACCAGCUCCACCGCUAGAGCUUGUAGUAGAAGAGCCCGUGCAGGAGUCCGUGCAGGAGCCAGAGCCAGAGCCAGAACCGGUACUUGAACCUGAACCUGAACCUGAACCUGAACUUACACCUGAGCCUGAGCCUCAAGCUGAGUUUGAACUGGAACCGGAACCGGAAUCAGCAGCCAAAGCUCCAUCACUGCCAGAAGACCCGCUCUAUAAUAACUGGGAUGACCUCUCGUCUAAGGACCGGAAAAAGCGUGAGAAAUCGCUGAUGAAGAAGGGUCUACCAAUUCCUGGCAAGGAUUUUGACUGGCCACCAGCUCCACCGCCAGAGCUUGUGGUAGAAGAGCCUGUGCAGGAGCCAGAGCCAGAGCCAGAGCCAGAGCCAGAGCCAGAGCCAGAGCCAGAGCCAGAGCCAGAGCCAGAGCCGGUAUUUGAACCUGAACCUGAACCUACACCUGAACCUGAGCCUGAGCCUGAGUCUGAGCCUCAAGCUGCGUUUGAACCGGAAUUAGCAGCCAAGGCUCCAUCACUGCCAGAUGAUCCGCUCUAUAAUAACUGGGAUGACCUCUCGUCUAAGGACCGGAAAAAGCGUGAGAAAUCGCUGAUAAAGAAGGGUCUGCCUAUUCCAGGUAAGGAUUUUGACUGGCCACCACCUCCACCACCGGAGCCGGCGGUGGAAGAACCCGUACAAGAGCCAGCCCCAGAACCGGAACCGGUAAUUGAACCUGAACCUGUGCCUGAACCUGCGCCCGAGCCCGAGCCCGAGCCUCAAGCUGAGUUUGAACUGGAACCAGAACCGGAACCAGCACUCAAGACUCCAUCACUGCCAGAUGACCCGCUUUAUAAUAACUGGGACGAGCUCCCAUCCAAGGACCGGAAAAAGCGUGAGAAGUCGCUGAUAAAGAAGGGUCUGCCUGUUCCGGGUAAGGAUUUUGACUGGCCACCUCCUCCGCCGCCGGAGCCAUUGGUGGAGGAGCCCGUGCAAGAUCCAGCACCAGAACCAGCACCAGCACUAGAGCCAGAGCCAGUACCGGAAGCUGAACCAGAACCGGAGCCUGUUCCUGAACCUGUCCCUGAAGAGCCCGAGCCUCAAGCUGAGCUUGAACCGGAACCACAACCGGAACCUCAGGACACUACUCCGUCACUGCCAGAUGACCCACUCUACAAUAACUGGGAUGGCCUCUCCUCCAAGGAUCGAAAGAAGCGAGAGAAAUCAUUAAUAAAGAAAGGGUUGCCUAUUCCUGGCAGGGAUUUCGAGUGGCCGCCACAAGUGGUACCUGUAGCAGAGGAACCUGUACAAGAACCAGAGCCAGAGGUAAUUCCUGAACCGAUCACCGAAGAGCCAGUUGAUGAUAGUUGGGGCAUCUGGGCUCCUCAAAAAGAUAAGAAGUCCAAGAAGAGCAAGAUUAAUGAUGAACCUCCACCGCCGGCGCCCACUCCACCUUCUCUGGGAUUAUCGCCUGAACCCGACGCGUUUGACAGUAUACCAGAGGAGCCUCUCUGGGAUGACUUUAACACAGUGCCUUCUAAAGAGAAGGGCUUUGUUGCGGAGGAGACGCCGUCGAAGCCAGCUAGAGGAUUCUGGGCAAGCUUUGGAGCAGCUGCGAUGGGAAUGCCUAAGGCCACUAAAAAGAGGUCGGCAGAAAAGCCAAAAUUCACCGAGCAAAUGAAAGAGCCGGAGCCCCAGCCCGACCAGGAUGAUCUGCUUAUUGACGUAGGGGAUGUGCCGAGAGAGGCUGGUGCGGCUGACGCGGCUGACGCGCCAGUCGCAGAAGUCGCAGAACCUCAGCCAACCGCGCCGCCAACAAAGACACCUGUUGUCACCUCCAAGACCAAGUCAUCAACCAAGAACUCUGUCGCAGAGCGCAUUAAGGUCCUUGAAGAGAAAAAGAAAGAAAAGUCCAAGGGAAAGUCGGCAGAAAAAUCAAAAGCGAAGGAAGUGCCGCCACCAGUAGAGGAACCUCCGCAGGAGCCUGCGCCGGAGCCAGAACCAGAACCAGAACCAGUCAUAGAAAGAAGGAUCUUACGAGACACUGUACCAGGAAGCUUUCCAGACGCUUUUGACGACGAUUUCGAUGACCUCCCACCCCCUGCCCCAGAACCACCCGCAGAGCCCGAGCCGGAAAUACAGCCUGAGCCUGAGCCUGAACCUCAACCUGAGCCAGAACCACAAAGGCAGCCAGAAGUCGAGCCUGAGCCAGUAGCAUUGUCCAAAAAGGUCAAGAAGAAAGACAAGAAGAAAUCAAAGACUGUUGUUCCUGAGCCUCAGCCGCCUGCUCCAGAGCCUCCGGUACCUGAACUACCAACAGAGCCAGAACCAGAGCCUGCGCCGGAGCCCGCGCCACCAGAAGAGGUUGUGCCUGUGGCUGAACCUGAGCCGGAGUCAGUUCCUGAACCAGAGCCCGUACUACUACCCAAGGCAGAAAAGAAAAAGAGGAAGGUUAAGACUGUUGCGCCGCAACCCGCACCAGAACCCGAACCGGAGCCGGAGCCGAUACCCUCACCCAAAGUCGAAAAGAAGAAAAAGAAGGCCAAGGUGGUUGAGCCCCAACCUGUGCCCGAACCAGAGCCAGAGCCAGAACUUGUGCGAGCGCUUGAUCCCGAACCUGAACCCGAGCCUGCCCCUGUCAAUGUGCCGGAGCCCGAGCCCGAGCCAGCGUUUGAGCCCGCUGAGCCACCUGCCCCAGAGCCUGAGAAACCCAUGAAGAAAGUCAGGAAAAGUAGAAGGUCAGUGCCAGUACCAGAACCACCACCAGCUCCUUUUGCAGAAGCCCCAGUGGCCGAUGCUCCAGAGGAAGCUGCUGGGGGUCCUCCGACACCGCCACCCGAACCAGUUGCGCCGGAGCGAGGGGCAAGGAAGGAGCGUCCGCGCGUUGAACGUGCACCUGGUAGCACGUCUUGGGAUAUGUGGGGUGCUGCAGCCCCGCCGAGGAGGUCAGAUCAUAGGGAAGAGAGGCAUAGAAGAAGGGAGCAAUCACCUUCGGGAAUGGGAAGAUCAAAGUCCACUAGGCACUCAAGGCCACGGGAGCCGGAGGACGAGGUAGAGCGAUCGCUGGAACCCGAGGACGACAGGCCACGGGAACCUGCACACGGUCGGGCUGCGGCAUUCUCGAAUUUCAUUUUCGGCGCACCACCUCCGCCUACCAGAACAAAAUCUAGCAGGAGGCAUGGCGAGAAUGCUCCAAGGCACACGUCACGGCGCCCGCCUGUGGAUAUGGAUGACACUGGAUUUCCAUCGCCGCCACCGGAUGAGCAGUUGGAGAUACCUGAUAAGGCUGCCCGCAUGAUGGGUGCUCCUCCAUCUGGGUCAAGACGGGAGAGACCGCGUGGCACGCGGAAGAGAUCCAGCGCUCGUGAUCCAUAUGCUAUCGACGAUGAAGAAAUCGUCAUGGUCAAUCCGGAUGAUACUGACGGCGAGCCCCAGGCUCCCUCUAGAGAGUCGCGACAUUCAGAACGACGGUCAAGGAAGAAGUCACGAUCACGGCAGGGAGACCUCCAGGAGGAUGCUGUUAUGGUCGAUGCAGACCCAGCCCAGCAAAGUCCAGACAUUGUUUCCGGACCCGAUGACAUGGCAUUUGUGGAGGCUCCGAGGGAACGGCGUUUAAGACGAUCAAACACCGCGCCCAAGAAACAAGAGACUGGUGGUCUCAUGGGGUUGAUCGGGACAUUGCGUCAACACAUCCGCCCUGAACUGCCUGAACGUCAAAAGUCUAGGUCUUACCGAGACGAGGAUGCCCGGUACAUGACGGAGCCAGAGCGAGAAGACGCUCGGCGCCAAAGACGGGACGAGAGGAGAAGACGUGCAAUGAGACCGGACCCUGACCAUGAGGGCUAUGCUACCGAUGCUGGACCGGCAAUGGCUGUCCCCGAAAUUCAGAUAGAAGAUGUCGAUGCUAGGAGAGAGGCGCGCAGAGCACGACGCGCUUCUCGACAAGGCGACGUCGAUCCGUAUCGAGACAGUGAGUUCCAAGAAGCUGAAGAACGCCGAGCAAGACGACGGGAAAGGCAAAGGGCCCGCGAGCAGGAGAUGCAAGAAAUGCAACUCCGAGAGGAAGAGGAGAGAGCACAGCGACGCCGGGAGGAGAAGAUGGCUCGCCGGGCUGCUCGUGAAGAGCGCCGUGCGCGGGAGGAGCAAGAAGCUCGAGAGGCGGAAGCGCAGGCACAAGAAGCCCGAAAGGCGGAGGCCCGCGAAGCCAAGGCUGCCGAACGCCGUGAACGGAGGCGGCAGCAAAGGGAGGCAGGCAUGUACGAGAACCCUGACUACGACCCAAGAUCCAGAAAGCGGCACUCGCAUAUGGAUGAUAGAGCCGCUAGGGACUUCUACAUGCAGGGCGGGGACCCGGACAGAGCCUAUCGUUCUCAUCGUCAUGAAGACGACGGUGAACACGCUAGACGCCGAAGGUCCAGGGCGCCUGAGGAGAUGAGACCUCCCCCGAUGAUGCCUGGACAGCGCAAAGAUAAGACCUCGUCUUGGGUUAAUUCUCAAGCAAGUGACCCCCCGGAACCACCGCCGGUUGUGCCAACUAUGUUGGACAUGCCGCCUGGUCCGGGAGAGCCCAUAGAUGGGGCGCACUCAAUCUCAUCGGACGAGGAGGCCCGACGCGACCUACGUCGUAAGGCAAGAAGACGGGCUAGAUACCCCGGCCUCACCGAUCAGGAGAUUGAAGAGGUGCGCGCUAGGAAACACGCGGCUCGGAGGUCUGAGAGAGGACAGAAGAGUAGCUCCGGCAGUGCAGACUAUGAGCGAGACCGUGGAAUGAGAUAUGACCGCUACGACCAACCACCUCCUAGCUCCGGAGGGAAGCUGCCCAACUGGUUUAAGAAACUUACCAGCUUUUAG